AUUGUAAAAAGAUUUAUUCAUUAUAACACGCUGAGACACAGGGAAUCAGGUUGUGGAAUAGACCUCGGUGGCACAAAAUGGCAAUACUAACCUGUUUUAUCCUUUCUGUGGCUUCUACAGGUUUAACUGAAGCAGCUGGGAUUUUACCAGAUGGUCCUUUGAAUGCAUCUGUAGGAGGAUCAGUGUGGUUUAACACAACUCUGACUGAAGCAGACGGACCAUUUAUCUCAGUGAUCUGGACCUUUAAUGUUACCGAUUUUAUAAUAAGCUACAAUCCAAGUUCAACGGAUAUUUUCCCAGCCUAUCAGGACAGGAUCUCCUAUGUUUCAUCUACAGUAUCUCUGGAGCUCAGAGAUCUGACCCUGAAGGAUGUAGGAGAGUAUAGUGUUAAUGUUGUACCAAAUGGGGGAGGAAGAAUCAAUCUGGACAUUUACGAGAAAAUCUCCGGAGUUUCCAUCAAAGCAUCAACAGAACAGAUUAUUGAGGGGAGCUCUGUCACCUUAACCUGUGAGGCCUCUGGAUCUUCACCCAGCAGAACAUGGAAGAAGGACGGAUCAGAUCUGAACUUGUCUGAAAACGUGACACUUUCUGAAGACAACACAGUCUUAACUUUUAAAGCUGUGAAGAAGGAGAACAGUGGAGAAUAUGUCUGUCUGGUCAGCAAUCCUAUCAGCAGUUCUGAGGCCAAGUUCACCAUUGUUGUUAACUAUGGACCAGAAAAUGUUCAGAUUGAAGGUAAAGAUCUGAUAAAUGAAAACGAUCAGAUCAAGUUGAUCUGUUCUGCUGAGUCCACUCCAUCUGCUACAUUCACCUGGAGACUGAAUGGAUCAGAGAUCAUUGGAAGUUCUGCUGAGUUCCUCAAAGAAAAGGCACAAAGUUCUGACAGUGGAACCUACACUUGUGAAGCAAAGAAUACUGUCACUGAGAAACAAUCAACAGCUGAACAUGAACUCCAUGUUCAAACAGAUUGCUCAUCAGGAUGUUCUUCAUCAGGAUGUUCUGCUGGCUGCAUUGCUGGAAUCGUAGUUGGAUGUUUGGUUGUUGUUGGUGCAGCUUCUGCUGGAGGAUUCAUUGUGUAUAAAAAACGACACAACAGAAAACCUGAUCCUCAGAGUGCAGAACAAAACCAUGUCUAUGAGGAAAUGUCAUCAGUCUAUGAAAAUGUUGGUAAAUGAACAGUUUGCAAGAGCUUUUAUGCAUUUUUAACAGUGUUUAUUCUAUUUGGUAAAGAUUUUUAAGAAUGUGAAGAAAGGGGAAAGUACUCACUGAGAAAUGUGUGAUAAAAAUAAUUUAAGUGUUUUUAUUUGUAUCUGUGAACAACGCAUACAAAUGUGUACAUACAAAUGGGAAAGUUUUAAAGUUUUAAAAAGUCAAAGUGAACACUACAGAAACUCAAGGAUUGUGAUAGUUUUAGACAGAUACAUCCACAUCCUGUAAAAGAGCAUUUCACCAUCAUCAAUCAGCCUGAAGAAUGACACAAUUAUGCCCACAAAAUUAUUGGAAACUUUGUGGAAAAUUCACAUGUACCAAGAUAUUAGCUAAGAACCCUAAGAAUCUUUUUUUUCUUCCUUUAGUUUAUCUACUUGUUAAUAAUUGUCAAAGUCUAAAUGUUUUAUAUUUUUGUAAAAAAAAUGUAAUCAUAUAUUUCAGUUUUGUUUUCAAGUUAUCUACCAAACAACUGAUUUCUAAAUGUAUUUUGAAUUUUAUUCUGUUUGCAUCAAUAUACAGUACAUUAUACAAAUCCAAAUUAUCUACAUAAAUGUCCAUUCUGCAGUCAAUUGUUCAUCUUUCUUUUUUGUAAAUAUGCAUACUUUUUAUUUUCUUUCAUGAAGCUUAAAAUAUUCUUU